CUCCCAUUAAUCGUUUCACUCGGCAGCACUUCCGCAAACGACCAGCGUUUUGGCGUAGAAUGAUAGAGCACUCCUCUACCGCUGACGGCAUGGCUGUGAAAGCGAUUUUGUUUGAUUUGGACAACACGCUCAUUGAAACGAGUCGAGCAGGUGAAGUGGCGCUAAAAAAGACCAGUGAAUUUUUGAAGACCACGCUGGGCCUUGAUGACACCACCGUCUGCACCAUUUGUGACAAGUUCAAGCAGAAGCUGUUCCAUGAGAGUUUUGACUGCUCAGCUGGUCAAACCAUAGAUGAUGUCCGUGCGCAUCACUGGGAGGAAAGCAUCAAGGAGACUGUAGGGAAUUGCUCUACGCCUUCUUUGCCAGCUCAGUGUUAUAACAUGUGGAAAAGCAGUCGCCUGGAGCUUCUCACUCUGUCUCCUCAAGUAUGCAACCUCCUGAAACAGCUGCGCAGCAGAUACAAGCUGCUGCUGCUGACCAACGGCGUAGCCCAGACCCAGAGAGAGAAAGUGGCGACGGCUGGAUGUGAGGAGUUCUUCGAUGCCAUUGUGAUCGCAGGAGAACACAAAGAGCAGAAACCAUUCCCCUCCAUCUUCAGGUUGUGUUUCAGCAUGCUGGAGGUAGAGGCUCUGGACUGUGUGAUGGUGGGAGAUUCUCUGGACACAGACAUUCAGGGGGGCUUGAAUGCCGGAGUUCGGGCCACAGUUUGGAUUAAUAGUGCAGGGGGGGGCGCGUCAGAGAAGCCAGACUACACUAUCACUACUGUUCUGGAAUUACCAGAUAUUCUGGCACAGCUGCAAUAAGAACAACUGGUGAAGAGUGAAUGAGUUUUACUUGAGAUGUUGUGGGAAUUUUUACCUAUUGAUAUAAUUGAUUUAGAUAUGACUACUACUCCUAUUAGUUUUCCAGUGUUCAACGAGGUGCAUUUUAAUUUGAGGUUUCUGGUUGGGAUUUUAGACACCGUAAUUUUGAACAUAGAGUCUGUAAGAAAAUGUGUGUUGAAGCUUCACUAUUAUACACAUGAGGCAGUCAAAGUAAUUGCAUUUAGUUAAAACUCGAGUACAGUUAAGAUACUUGUACGAGAUUAUUAAGCAUGUUUUUGACAUUGGCACUGUUGGGUUCAAGGCAUUUCAGACUGAUGCCCUAUUGUAAUCACGUUAAAUUUUUCCAUAGCACAUGCAUUUCUGUAUUCAAUUCAGUAAUCACAUUAGUUAUAAUUUAUUCUUCAGUUACACAAAGUUACCUGCAUGAUGAAAUAAAAACACGUGUAUAUAAUCAGCUAAUUUCAGCUUGUGUGCUGGGAGGAGUUAAAUGGACUGAACUAAAGUGCUUUUAUAAAACUUGCCUCAUUCACCCAUUCAUACGAGCACUGUUUUUCUAUGCCUUACCUAUGUAAGUGCUUUCUAUCUAACAUUCACAGUGUCAUACACCGAUGGAUUGGCAACUUGGGGUUAGUAUCUUGCCCAAGGCGUGCAGACUGGAGCAGAUGGGGACUGAAUCACCAGCCGUCCUAUUACUAGGUUACCUGCUCUUUAGACUUUUGAAAAUUGGAGAACAUGGACAUUAUUUUUGUUUUAUUGCACAAAAGUACAAGAGUGUACAGGUAAAGUGCAAACUGUGUCCAGGACAGAAACAACUGCAUCAUACUGCUAAGACAACAUCGUCUCAUUGCGAGCAUCAGCACAUACAGCACGGCACGCCCACACAAACUAGCAUUCAGGAAGCCAAGCAGAUGUUAAAGCUGAGCAGCCAAAGCCUGCUCUUUAGUAGGUAACAAAGGCAGUAAUGAGCAGUCAGCAUUGUAUCCUCCAUUUCUACAGUAGAAUCACAGUGCUGACCCAUUCAAAGUCUUUUUGUUUAAACUUUGCUCUGCAGUCACACUUAAAACUAAAAUAAGAGAAUAUUUAUGUCCUCAAUAGGCUGGGAUUUGUGGGAGUGCAGCCUAAGGCUUGAUUUAGACUUCUGCUUUGUAGAGCCUACGACAUAAACUACGCAAGCGGCUGUCUUCAUUGCAAGCGUUUAUACUUGUGCCAGUGCAGUAUGUGUUAAUUACCAUGUGGUUAUGUUUUACAUGCUGUAUCAGUCAAGACACUGGGCCUUCUUUUCCUCCUGCAUCCAGCUCUUCAUUGUGGUGAUUCCAAUAGUUUGAGCAAUCUCCCUCCAGGAAUUUGCUGACAUUUGCUAGUCCUUAUAUUGAUGCUAUUAUUAUUUAUCCUUAUACUGAGACGAUUAUUCUCUUACUAAUAAAUCCAAAAACCUCAACAAAGCAGUAGCUGGAAAUGCACAAGAGGAAAUGACGUACUGAACUGGUCGACAGUGUUUGUCGACUACUUCGAGCCAACGUGUAUUUACAGGUUACACCAGUGGUCUCACUGAAGCAUAAAUUCCCAGUAAGGUUUAUAUAAGAGGCUGCUAAUGUAUUUAAUGUCAUGAAUGGGAUAACAAAUUACUUUCUCCAGUGAGUAAUGUAACGCAUUAC